CAUCGUGUACCUGCUUUUGUCGACACUCUUUGGGCCUUUUUUGUUUACCGCGUCAUGACCAAAACACGGCUUUUAAAUGAAGUGACGAUGACGUCAAUGUAAAUGCGCUGACACAUUUUGACUUCAACUGUUUUAAGUCCGGCGCUCGGCUUGUGUUAGCAUAACUAACGUUAGCACAUCAUCAUCAACAGCGGCACCAAGUGAAGGCGAGCGCAGAAACCAGUUAGCCCGGGCCAAAAUACCCACGCUCUGCCAUGUAGUUUUGCGACUAACACUCUGAUACCACAACUCGUAUGAUGUAACGAGUUCAGAUUUAAGGUUCGUCCAGUUAAACGACGGCCGAACGUUUGCCGUUCGGCUGAGUUAGCUUGUCAGGCGGUGCGCAGGUUGACCUGUUCUAGUUUCCUCUUGAGCUGAACAGGUGCAUCGCUUCCAAAGGAAAACUACACAAGAGUGGGCCAUUAAAGGAAACAACCGAAUAAACACCAGGACACACCGAUUGACGAUGCUUAAACGGCUACAAAAGGAAUUAUUAGCCCUGCAAAAUGAUCCACCCCCUGGAAUGACGCUGAAUGAAAAAAGUGUACAGAACACCAUAACUCAGUGGAUCGUUGACAUGGAGGGGGCCCCCGGCACACUGUACGAAGGAGAAAAAUUUCAACUGCUCUUCAAAUUUAGUAGUCGAUAUCCUUUCGAUUCACCUCAGGUAAUGUUCACAGGGGACAAUGUACCUGUCCACCCUCAUGUGUAUAGCAACGGUCACAUCUGUCUAUCCAUCCUGACGGAAGACUGGUCACCAGCCCUCUCAGUGCAAUCUGUUUGUCUUAGCAUUAUUAGCAUGUUGUCCAGUUGCAAAGAAAAGAGACGACCACCUGACAAUUCCUUUUAUGUAAGAACAUGUAACAAAAAUCCAAAGAAGACAAAAUGGUGGUAUCACGAUGAUACUUGCUAAUGUACAAAAGGUUUGUAAUAAUCACAGAAGAAAAGUCCUACUGACCUACGUAAAGCACUUUUUAAUCAUUCAGUCUCUGAACUCUGACCUUUGACUGGAACGAUGGACAGACACCAAUGCGCUGGAGGCUCCAGACUGCAUAUCCCCCCCACCCCACCCGCCGGGCAGUUUCAUGCAUGUUUUAGUUGGUAAUAACAAGAAUGGAAAACCGUUGGAGCCAUUUAGAUGCACUCGAAAUGGAUAUUUUUUUUUGGGCGGGGGCUGAACGAUAGUAAUGCAGUAUGCAAGGUGUAUUUUUGUGUAUUUCCUGUUUUAAAAAUGAUUAUUGUUACAUUUUUGCGUGUGUGUGCGGACUUAAAGGUCCUUGUGUUGUGCAAUAAUAACCAACCGAUGGACGCAUUCUUGGGCUGACAAAGGAGUUCUCCAAAAGGAUUUCUGGAAGGGACCUGACCAUCAUAAGCCCAUGAAAAUGCUUCAUUUUUUUUUUUUUUUUUAAUAUAUAUACAUUAUAUGCACUGUGAGAGUACGUAGUUAAGAGGCACUGUCAGUACAUCAUUCCCAACACCGUGAGCAGCCCCCCCACUCAUACGUAUAAGUUAAAGCGUCAACACAAUGCCCAUUCCCGUGGAGACCGGUGCGGCCGGUACACGUGGCAACAAAACAAGUGUGGCAUUAGGUCAAAUUUGAAGCUGUCAAACUUUAGCUUGACGUGUCCAGCCUCAGCAAUGAGCAGGGCCCUUUUUCACUUAAAGAAUGUCUGUUGUGUUUUUCUUUUAAAGGUUUUUCAUGCUUCGAUAAUGUCUAGUUCUUUUUGUACUGUUUUGGGAGUGGGCUGCUUGGAACUCUGAGUACAUUUUUUUUUCAUUGUGAUAUAUAUUUUUAUUCACACAAAGGCAGAGAAUGGGGGGAGUCAAUGCAGGCGUAAUAACAUGAUGGCUUUGUGAUUAUGCCUGGUCAGCGUUAUGGCUCAGGUACUUUUUUCCAAUAAAGAUACCUAUCCAGAUGUUUAAACUAUA